GGCGGCGCUCUUAUAUCACUCGGACAGAUUUUACCGUCUUUCUCGCACUGAGGCUGCUGACAGUAAAGGCUAGUGCACCAGAAGCAGCCACGUCCAUCCUUUAACAUCCCAAUUUCACGCAUUAGUUCAGGGCUUCAGUACCUUCCUGAGGCUGUAGGAGGUCGGUGUGUCCGCACCUGUUAGCCUGUCGGCGCUGCGCUCUCUGUGUGUGCGCCCGUGUGUGUGUGUGAGAGAGAGUGUGUAAGUGAGUGUGUGUGUGUGUGAGAGACGGAGAGGCUGAGGAGGAGGCUGUCACGGGUACCGACUCGCACCUCACGGUAACGAUGGCCGGAAUGAGUUUCCUCUCCUUUCUCCUCUUUUGCUUGACUGCCGUUGCCAAUGGCAACAAAGCCAAUAAACACAAGCCAUGGAUCGAGACCGAGUAUCAAGGUAUCGUCAUGGAGAACGACAACACUGUCCUGCUGAACCCGCCUCUAUUUGCCCUGGAUAAAGAUGCUCCUCUUCACUAUGCAGGUGAGAUCUGUGGGUUCCGAGUGCACAACGGCCCAGGUGGUUCUGGUUCAGCUCAGUUUGAGGCCGUGGUGUUGGACCGCUCCACCGGCGAGGGUCUUGUUCGCUCCAAAGAGCCGCUUGACUGCGAGAGCCAGAGGGAGCACAGCUUCACCAUCCAGGCCUAUGAUUGUGGAGAGGGUCCUGAUGGCACCAACAGCAAGAAAUCACACAAGGCCACAGUGCACGUGCGUGUGAACGACGUGAACGAGUUCUCCCCAGUGUUUGUUGAGCGUCGUUAUGAGGCAUCUGUCCCCGAAGGUCGUCUUUUUGAUCGCAUCGUGCGUGUGGAAGCUCUGGACGCUGACUGCUCACCUCAGUACAGCCAGAUCUGCUUCUACGACAUCAUCACCCCCAACGUCCCAUUUGCAAUUGACAACGAUGGAAACAUUAAGAACACUGAACCUUUAGACUCAAAGAAGCAGCGUGUUCACAGCUUCUGGGUGACUGCAUUUGACUGUGGGAAGAAUCGAGCUCAGGCUGAUGCCCAGGUCGUAGUGACAGUGAAACCUUCCUGCAAGCCUGGCUGGAUUGGCUGGUCGAAGCGAGUUGAGUAUACUCCUGGUUCCGGCAGCAUCCCCCUCUUCCCCAGCCUGCGCCUGGAGACCUGCGAGGAGACUGUGUGGAACAUCCAGGCCACUGUGGAGCUUCAGACUGGCCAUAUUGGGAAAGGCUGUGACCGUGAUAGUUACUCUGACCGCUCUGUAAGGAGGCUCUGUGGUGCUGUAAGGGGUGAGGUUGACCUGCUCCCUCCUCCAUCCCCUGCUGCAAACUGGACAGCUGCACUGCCCACCCUUCCCUCUUCUGACUCGUCUCUGGUAUUUUCUUUCAACGGCUCCACACAUGUUGCCGUGGUUCCCGACUCUGUUACCUCAACAGUGCCAGGAGACCACUUCACCCUCCAGCUGUGGAUGCGGAGGGGCGGGGCCAACACUCAGCCGCCAGCCAAUCAGGCAAGAGGAGCGCGUAAAGAAGAGGAAACUAUUGUGUGCAGCACUGUGAAAAAUGAUGACUCCUAUUCACACUACUCUCUGUCCGUGCAUGGCUGCCGCCUGUCUCUCUUUUACUGGCCGGAUGUCUCAGCUGCACGGCCAGUUAAAUUUCUCUGGAAGCUUGAACAGGUGUGUGACAGUGAGUGGCAUCACUUGUCUCUUAGUGUGCAAUUCCCCUCCGUCACUCUGUAUGUAGAUGGCGUGACCUUUGACCCUGCACUCAUUCAUGACAAUGGAGCCAUCCCUAACCCGGCCCCACAUCAGAGGCUGGUGAUUGGAGCAUGUUGGGAGCCAGAGAACAAGCAGAAAGACAUUCUUAACAACAGCAUCCCAGAAGGCAAAGACACAAGGAGGUUUGUGGGUGGUUACCGCGGCUUGUUGUCAGGCGUAACAGUGCGUCCAGGAAGUGUGGAGCCUCACAGUGUGGUGGAGUGUCUGUACGCCUGCAGGGAGGGUCUGGAUUUUGGAGAUCUCGAGAGCCUUGGCUCCGGCAUGAAGGUUCACGUGAACCCCAGUCAGUCAGUGCUGGUGUUGGAGGGAGACGAUAUCGAGAGCUUCAACAGAGCGGUUCAGCAGGUGACGUACAGAAACUCUCUGCGAUUUGCCACGCCCGGAGUGCGCCCUCUCAAACUCAGCACAUCCCUCAGGUGCUUUAGUGAGGAAGGCUGUCUCUCUCUGCGGCAGCUGGAAGGUUAUCUGGUAGUGCUUCAGCCUGACGCUCCUCAGAUCUCUCUCUCAGGCGUAGGACCUCACCUUGCCCGCCCGGCUCCUGAGUUUGAGGCUGCACAUGGAGUGCCUCUGUUCCCCGAACUCCGCAUCGUCUGUUCUCUCUCUCACGCCGUGAACACUGCCGCCCAGGACAUGGAGGGAGGGGCUCUCAUGUCAGAUGCAGUGGCCCACACUCUGGAUGGCUGUGAGGUCCAGCCAUUGGGGGAGGAGCUAAACCCAGAGAAGGAGGAGCUUCUGGUUGACAUGGAGGCACUAAAAGAGAAAGGACUGGACAUCAUCAACACAACGGCCUACAUCGCCAUCACUGGGGCGGAGUCCAUUUCAGUGUAUGAGGACAUCCUGCGUUCUGUUCGUUACCGAUUAGCAAAAGGCUCUGCCCGCUUUGAGAGGAGAUUCAGGCUGUCCUGUUCAGAAAUGAACGGACGGUACACGAGUAAUGAACUCACACUGGAGGUAAAUUUCCUGCACUCUUUGGACAGUCUGUAUCACCCAUCACACCUCUUGGCUUCUCAGCAGCAGUUUCUCCAUCCAUCUCAUCACACAGGAGAGCUCAGCGGACAUACACUGCCAAACCCACACCGCAACUCUGUGGUUCCCGGGGCUGCCACUGUCAUCAUCAUGGUGUGUGUGGGCUUCUUGGUCGUCAUGGUAAUUCUUGGUGUGUUCCGCAUCCGCUCCAUCCAUCGCCGCGGAGAGGGAGCCAGAGGAGCUGGCAAAGAGAGCAGCAACCAGUGGGACGAUUCAGCCCUUACCAUUAUCGUCAACCCCAUGGAGUCCUAUGAGAACCGCAUGGGCAUUGCCGCGGAUACAGAGGGGGAAGGCGACGACGAAGAGGAAGUGAUUGAGUCUCCUGAUGACUCAGCUGAUGACCAGCGAAUCAUCAUUAAGAAAGAGGGAAGAGAUUCCGCCCCCCGUCGCUACUGAGUCAAGCAUAUAAACAGCCACACUCAUGAAAUCUAAAAACCAUGAUAAAGCCCACAAACAUGAAACAUAAGAACCACACACUUGCAUAUAUUCACAUGGCAUAAAUGUAUUUGUAUCAGCCUUUGUGAAUGCAUUGUCUCUGGAAUGUAUGCUCACUCACACACGCACACACACUUAAACACACACAUACAUGCAAUGCACAAUGCAUAGCAUCUCACCCCAAUGUCCAGUGCUUAGUCUGCAUUUCACUCAAGACUCUAUAAAGUAUGUAUGUAUGGCACAAUGAUGUAAUUACCAUCAGUGAAUGUGAUCAUUGCACUGUAUCAAGCACCGGGUAUUAUUACAGACGAAUGUAAGCUAUGUGAUUUUCAUUACUUAGAAAUCAGUCACUUACAGUCAGUACAGUGAAGUUAAGGUUACAAGUUAAUCAUAUUUUUACAGUACCACAGCUGUGGUGUGGCUCUUGUCAUUCACAUAAUGUACAGUUUAAUUCACAGGUUGUCUUUUCUUUCUAUUCUCAAAAAUAUUCCUGUACAAAUACACUGUUUUACAGAAUGAGUGUGUGGAUAUUAAUAUAAGCUAUAUGCAGGUAAUCAGUCCUUUUUUCAGCAACUGCAAGGAGCAAAUUCUCUAAAAACACACUCAUGUUGUAAGUCUGUGUUACAGCACUACCCCCAUCAGAGUAAUAGCUCAUCCUGGGCAGUUUUGAUUGUAUUUAAAUGUAUAAAAAUACAAAUUACUACUAUUAUUAUUAUCAUUUUUUUUAUUAGUUCCAUUGUUCUGAUCCAUAUUUAGUCUUUGCACUUUGAGAUGGGCUAGCUGUUGUUUUCUAUUUCUAUUUAUCUCUAUAAUGAUUACAAAUGCUGACAGUAUAUAGUGAUGAUGAUAAUAAUAGUAUUAGUAAUAAUAAUGGUAAUGAUGAUUGGCUUGAUGAGUGUCUAUUUAUUUGUGUGUCUAAUUGUAUGAAUUAAAUUUUGUUAACACUUGAAUCUCAGUAAAGCAGAAGGCACAUUAUGGUUAAAUUCAGUAACUCUUUCACUCUUCUCAUCAGACCUUUCCAUUGUCACCUUCAUCUGUAUCACAGCCUUUAAUUCUGCUGCUGCUUUUUGUUUUCUGAAUAUGCAUCCAUGUCUUUCCCAACUCUUCUCUCCCAACCCCCUCUGCUCACAUUAUCUCCUGUGUGUUUACUCUUCUGUCUGUGUCAGUGUACAGUGCAAAUCCUGUCUCUUAAUAAAAGCCUGUUGUUUUUCAUUGUGAUAUGAAGAAUGGAUCGAACUGCAUUAUUAUAUGACAUUACUAUGGUCACUAUUGAAACAUUUAACUGUAUUUAUUAUUGAUGCAGUAACAUGGAUUAUUGACUGAUUGUUAUUGAUAAUCAUCUGAAGAAGACCUGUUGAAAAGUUCAUAAUAAAAACACUCAGAUGACGUCA